UCCCAUACUCCGCCCUCUCUCGUUACCUUCUCCCCAUUAUAAAAAGAGUCCGCCUCCAGAUCUGCUUACCAGCUACUGAGAGCGCGCCUUCCAGGUUUGUCCUCCCACCUCUCGAAACCCGCAUCCCUCAUUACCAAAUCUUCGAAGAACCCGUUUCAUAAUAUGAUGAGGAGGGGUGGAGAGGUUUGGGGACGGAGAGGGGGGGCGAGGCAGCUGAAGCAGCUCGGCGGGGGAAUAAAGGCGUUGCCGGGGCGGCUAGGGAUUGCCGUGGUCUCUCUCCUGAUCUGCACUCUGUCUCUGUUCUCGAUGAUCGGGGUCACUCGUCACUCUAAUCAGGUGGAGUAUGUUGAUGUAAAUAAGCUUUGGAGAACUGCUGAUUCUGGUGGUUGGAGAUCCUCAUCUGCUCCACGAUCAUAUUGGCAUUCUCCUCCAAAUGAGAGUAAUGGCUAUUUACGAGUGCGUUGCAAUGGUGGCUUGAAUCAACAGCGAAGUGCGAUAUGUAAUGCAGUUGUUGCUGCAAGAAUCAUGAAUGCGACACUUGUGCUGCCAGAGUUGGAUGCAAAUUCUUUCUGGCAUGAUAAGAGUGGUUUUCCAGGUAUCUAUGAUGUUGAGCAUUUUAUCAAGACAUUAAGGUAUGAUAUCCGUAUAGUGGAAAGGCUUCCUGAAAUUUCUUCACAUGGAAAGACCAAGAAAAUGAAAUCUUAUCAGAUUCGUCCACCAAGGGAUGCUCCUCUGAGCUGGUAUACAACAACUGCUUUGGAAAAGAUGAGGAAGCAUGGUGCUAUUUACCUCACCCCCUUUUCACAUCGUUUGGCAGAGGAGAUUGAUGACCCUGAACUUCAGAGGUUGAGGUGUCGAGUGAAUUAUCAUGCACUUCGAUUCAAGCCACACAUAAUGAAGACAAGUAGUGAGAUAGUUAGUAAGCUCCGUGCAAAUGGCCAUUUCAUGUCAAUACACCUUCGAUUUGAGAUGGAUAUGCUUGCCUUUGCUGGGUGUUUGGAUAUAUUUACACCUGAAGAACAGAAAAUUUUGAAAGAGUACCGGGAGAAAAAUUUUGCAGAAAAGGUACUUGUUUAUAGAGACAGGAUGCUUAUUGGGAAGUGCCCAUUAACUCCAGAGCAGGUGGGCCUCAUCUUGCACUCCAUGGGAUUCGACAACUCCACACGCAUCUACCUUGCUGCCGGUGAACUUUUUGGUGGAGAUCGCUUCAUGAAGCCAUUCAGAACAAUGUUCCCUCACCUUGAAAACCACAGCACGCUGGGACCUGAAAAGCUUGAAGAGAAUGCACGAGGGCUGGCUGGUGCUGCUGUGGAUUACAUGGUCUGCCUCCUCUCAGACAUUUUCAUGCCAACAUAUGACGGCCCAAGUAAUUUUGCAAACAAUCUCAUGGGCCACCGUCUGUACUAUAAUUUCCGGACCAUAAUCCAACCUGACCGGAAAGCCUUGGCUCCAAUACUCUUGGAUAUAGAGGAAGGACGCAGAGCUGGCUCAGAGGAGCGGAUCAGGCAAGUUAUGUUCAAAACCAAAUUUGGGGGGCCCCACAAGCGGGUCCCACCGGAGUCUUUCUAUACAAAUUCAUGGCCCGAGUGCUUCUGCCAAGUGUCUCCAAAAAAUCCUGCUGAUAAAUGCCCCCCUAACAAUGUGUUGGAAGUCCUUGGUAGCCAGUUGCAGGGUGAUGUUUCAGAACGCCCGCGGAUGUCCAACAGGACGCAUGCAACAGGCUUGAAAGAAGACGCUUGAUAUUAAAGGUUUCAGCUUGUUUCGUUUGAUCUCAUCUGUAAAGGUAGUAUUCUUGUUUACAGCCUCGAACACAUGUGAAUGGAUUCUCAGGUUGCAGCUGGGAACUGUUUUACCUGAAAAUAGCAGAAAGUUGGAAUUAAGGCUUUUAGGGGUGUUGAAGAGCAGUUAGGAAGCUAGUAUUGAAACAGUGUAACAUAGACUAAACUUGGUGCCCACAUUUUUUUCUCCUGCUGCUUUAGGCGAGGUAUUUGUAUGCCUCCCAUAAUAUUUUUGGAAAGUUAUGCUGUUUUGGAACA